AAGCAAUCCCCAUAAUCAUUUAUUCAGGUUUAAAAUUCGAGAAUAUUUAAAGUAGUCGCGAAAAUUAUAAUGGAAUAUCGCCAAGAGUCGCGAGUUUAUAGUGGAUCCGAUACGGAUGUGCAUGUGAAUACUCAUCGGCGGAGCGCAGAAAGUGAUGAUAAUUUAAUUCAAAUUGAAGAAACCAUUAAAAAUGUAUCGAGAAAUAUGCGCAAAGGUGAUUGGACAUAUUUAUGUCGACACCCUGAGGUACGAGCAAUAAUACGAGUAAUUACGACAGAAGCCAUUAAAAAACAUCCAAAAAAUAUUUAUAAGUUCGCUGCAGAUUUGUUCAAUUGUAAUAACCAAAAACGUAUUUGCAAAAAGAUUAACAAACAAUUAAAAUGGCUAAGUGCCCAAGUCAAAAGCGGCACUUGGACACCAGCAGACGGAGCAUUGCACUUUCCAGAAAGUAGCAGUUCAUCAUUUGAUCUGAAGAAAACGGCAUGCGUGCAGCCUAAAAAUGAUGAAGAGAUCGUUCUUGAUGAAAUGUAUCUCAAGACCCACAUGUGCCCAGACCACUUUAAGCCUAGUUGUUAAAUUGCACAUAUAAACUUAAAAUGUAUUGAACUAUUUAAAUUCAUUGUAAAAUACACUAAUCAUUAUCGAG